GCGCAUGCGCAGUCGUGCUGCACUCUAAUGGAGGACAUGUCUGAUCUGCAGUCGUCUUUUUCUGCACUGUUUUUCUGAGUUGCGCCCUCAAGACCCCUUAGCUGAGCCCGCGACACCCUGAGUUUGAGAAAUUUCGGGGUCAAAACUUUCAGUGGUCCUGAGCAGAAGAUAAUGAUGAGAUCAUGACACAUUCAUGGAUAUGAUGCUUUCUCAUGAAACUCUCUGAAUGAUUAGCUAUGAUGUGUUUAUCAGGCUAAUGUAAGCUAGCAUGCUAGUGUGAGUUUACAGGUGCUUCAAUAUCCAUCAUCACAACAGUUAUUAAACGCUACAUCCAAGUGGCAGAAUGGCUUCAGACUCGGUCUCUCAAAGCUCCCAGAGUCCUGUCACCAAGAUCAUGACCUUUCAUCCCACAAAAGAGGAGUUCAAAGACUUCAACAGAUACAUUGCAUAUAUGGAGUCGCAGGGAGCUCACAGAGCCGGGAUGGCUAAGGUGGUGCCACCAAAGGACUGGAAGCCUCGGCGCACAUAUGACGACAUUGAUGACCUGGUGAUUCCCGCCCCUAUUCAGCAGGUGGUCACUGGCCAAUCAGGUCUCUUCACUCAGUACAACAUCCAGAAGAAGCCAAUGACCGUCCGCGAGUUCCGCAAAACUGCCAACACAGACAAGUUCUGUAAUCCCAGAUAUGCUGAUUUUGAUGAACUAGAGAGGAAAUACUGGAAGAAUUUAACAUUCAAUCCUCCACUAUAUGGGGCAGAUAUCAGUGGAACCCUCUACGAUUCUGAUGUGACGGAGUGGAAUAUCGGCCAUCUGAACACUAUUUUGGACACGGUGGAAAGAGAGAGCGGAAUCACAAUCAAAGGAGUAAACACUCCAUAUCUUUAUUUUGGGAUGUGGAAAAGCACGUUCGCCUGGCACACAGAGGACAUGGAUCUCUACAGCAUCAACUACCUUCACUUUGGAGAACCCAAGUCCUGGUACAUUGUGCCUCCAGAACAUGGGAAACGACUGGAGCGUCUUGCUAGAGGAUUUUUUCCUGGAAGUGCCCAAAGCUGCGAAGCCUUCCUGCGACACAAAAUGACUUUAAUUUCACCGUCAAUUCUGAGGAAGUAUGGAAUACCCUUUGAGAAGGUCACACAGGAAGCAGGCCAGUUCAUUGUGACCUUCCCGUAUGGAUAUCAUGCUGGUUUUAACCAUGGUUUCAACUGUGCAGAAUCCACCAACUUCGCCACCCAGCGCUGGAUCGAUUAUGGAAAGCUGGCAACAUUAUGUUCCUGCCGGAAGGAUAUGGUGAAGAUAUCCAUGGAUCUGUUUGUUCGCAAGUUCCAGCCAGAACGCUAUAAGCUUUGGAAAGCAGGAAAAGACAAUGCGCCCAUUGACCACUCAAAGCUCCCGCCAGAGGCGGCAGAGUUUCUGACAGAUGGAAAAACAGAGAAUGAGACAGGAGAGCUCAGUGAUAGCAGCAAAGCAGAAACAGAGAAGAAAAGAGGAGAAACGGAGACUGGAGAGGAGCAGAAAGCAAACAAGGAUGGUGGAGAGGAGGGCAAAACCGAAACGUUGAAAAGUGAAACAGAUGGUGCAAAGGAGAAAGGAGGUCUGGAGGUAGAGGGAAAGAAGCCCGUUAGUGAUGAAGAACCAAGCAGCACUUCAGAGCAGAUCAACAGUAGCAGUCCAAAGCAGAAUGUGGCGCAGAAGCGGCUCAGACCCAGCAGUGACAAUGAAGCAAAAAAAGACAAUCAAGUGAAGGUAGAACAAGAGGAGGAAGUCGAGAAGAAGAAAGCCAAACUCAGCCAGACUGAGACAGACAACAAGAAUGAACAAUCCAUCUCCACUGACCCAGGUGAUGUGCAAGCUGAGGAGACGAUGGAGACAGACACGCCCCCUCCACAGCAGCAAGAGAAUCAAGCCCCUCCCUGUAUGGAGGUGGAGCUCUUGGCAUCAAACCCCACCUCCAGCAGUGACAUUACAACGCAGCAAAGAGAUGACGUCACUCCCUUUGAACCCAGCGACGUCACCUCAUCCUCACAAUCCACAAACAGCAUUGCUGAUGAGGCUCCAAACAGUGAUAUUGCCUCUCAGUCCGAACACGUCACUCAGAGCUGUGAUGUCCAAAGCAAGCCUGAUGACAUCACUCCAAACGGUGACCUCACUGAUGCCCAGCAGAGUGACAUCCCUGUCAUAUCUGUAACCAGCAGUAUCUCCUCUGUCCACGGCAUUAACUCCACCCACACCUGUGAUGUCUUUGCAGAACCCAGUGACAGCACUAUAAAUACCAUCAUCCCUAGUCCAGGUGAGCCUGGCAUUAACUCCUCCCACCCCCAUGAUGUCCAACCAGAACCCAGCGACAUCACGGUCAGCCCAAACCAAGAGCCCGGCAUUAACUCCACCCACAGCUGUGAUCCCCAACCAAAGCUCAGCAACAUCUCCAUCAGCCCCAAACAUGAACCCAAUGUUAGCCCCACCCACAGCUGUGAUGUCAUCACAGAACCCACUGACAUCACCGCCAGCCCUGAACACGAACCCAGCAUAAGCUCCGCCCCCAGCUGUGAUGCCCAACCAGAACCCACUGACAUCACUGUCAACGCUGAACAUGAACCCAGCAUAAGCUCCGCCCACAGCUGUGAUGCCCAACCAGAGCCCACUGACAUCACUGUCAACGCUGAACACGAACCCACCAUAAGCUCCGCCCACAGCUGUGAUGCCCAACCAGAACCCACUGACAUCACUGUCAACGCUGAACAUGAACCCAGCAUAAGCUCUGCCCACAGCCUUGAUAUCCAAUUAGAACCCAGCAACAAUACCAUCAGCGCUGACCAUGAGCCCAGCAUAAGCUCCGCCCACAGCUGUGAUGUCCAACUAGAACCCAGCGACAGCACUGCCAGUGCUGAAAACGAAUCCAGCAUUAACUCCGCCCACAGCUGUGAUGUCCAACCAGCACCCAGCGACAUAACCAUCAGCUCUGAACACGAACCCAGCAUAAGCUCUGCCCACAGCUGUGAUGCUGAACCAGAACCCACCGACAUCACUGUGAGUGAUGAAAACAAACCCAGCAUUAGCUCCGCCCACAGCUGUGAUGUCAAACUAGAUUCCAGCAACAACAUCAUCAACACUGAACAUGAACCAAGCUUAAGCUCCGCCCACAGCUGUGAUGCCCAAGUUGAACCCACCGACAUCACCGUCAGCGCUGAAAACGAACCCAGCAUUAGCUCCGCCCACAACUGUGAUGUCCAACCAGAACCCACCGACAUCACUGUCAGCAUUGAACAUGAACCCAGCAUAAGCUCCGCCCACAGCUGUGAUGUCAACUUAGAACCCAGCGACAACAUUAUCAACACUGAAAAUGAACCCAGCAUUAGCUCCGGCCAUAGCCUUGAUGUCCAAUCAGAGCCCAUUGACAACACCAUCAGCGCUGAACACGAACUGAGCUUUAGCUCCGCCCACACCUUUGAUGCCCAACCAGAACACACCGACGUCACUAUCAGGGCUGAACACGAACCCAGCAUUAACUCCGCCCUCACCGGUGAUAUCCAACCAGAACUCGGCAACAUCACCCUCGACACUAAAUACGAACCCAGUGUUAACUCCGCCCACACCUGCGAUGUCACCCAUGAAUUCAGUGACAUCACCAUCAGCCCUAAACACGAGCACGGCAUUAACUCCGCCCUCACCGGUGAUAUCCAACCAGAACUCGGCAACAUCACCAUCAGCCCUAAACAUGAAUAUGCCGUUAACUCCACCCACGCCUGUGAUGUCACCGCAGAACCCAGCAGCAUCACCGUCAACCCUGAACCCGAACCCAACAUUAACUCCGCCUACAUCUGUGAUGUCCAACCAGAACUCACCAACAUCACCAUCAGCCUUGAACACAAGCCCACCAUUAACUCUGCCCACACAUAUGAUGUCAUCACUACACCUAGCAACAUCACCGUUGGCCCUAAACACGAACCUAGCGUUUACUCCGCCCACACGUAUGAUGCCAUCAUUGAACCCAGCGGCAGCGCCAUCAACCUUAAGGUCAGCGAAUCACGGUAUCGCUCUGCGUCAGCGGGCGGCACUCAGGUGUGUCCGCCUGCAGUCCAGCACAUCUUCCAGAGAACGCUGAGCCCCGCGGAGGUGCUGCACGUCCACAGCUACGCUAAAGGAGAUUACAGCGAUCUCGAGCCACGCAUCCGGCAUGAAAGAGACAGAGACAGCGACUCUGACAGCGAGUCUCAAGAGGACAGCAAGAAAGAAGUCGAACAUCCAGUGGAAGCUCAGCACAGACUUCCCAGACUCCCCAGGCACCAUCCUCUGAUGAAGGACAGCAUCAGUGACGAAGAGCUGCAGGAUCAGGCUGCGUCAGAGGAGGACGGGCUGGACGGAGAGGCCUGGGCGCGACCUUUGGCCCAGCUGUGGCAGAACAGACCGUAUAAUCCAGAAAGAGAGAGAGAAUACAACAGAGAGAUGGGCCUGCGGCCUCCGUACUGCGCUGUGUGCGCGCUCUUCCAGGCACAUCAGCGGUCUGAAGGGGGCGAGAGCGAGCCGGCCGUGGUACUGCCUGGGGGUCAGAUGAGGACCAAGCCUCUGAUUCCAGAAAGAUGUUUCACCACCACCACAGAGGACAGCGCAGAUGCUCAGCCGUCCACUCCGCACCUGGAGGAAGACGGCACCAGUCUGCUCAUCAGCUGCUCCCUGUGCAGUGUCCGUGUGCACACUAGUUGUUACGGUGUGGCUCCAGCAAAAGUUUCCAAAGACUGGAAAUGUGCCCGCUGUAAAGCCAACGCCCUCACUGAGAGUUGCUGUCUGUGUUCAUUAAGAGGCGGAGCGUUGCACAGAGCCAAUAAUGGCAAAUGGGUUCACGUCCUGUGUGCGGUGGCAGUGCUGGAAGCUCGCUUUGUGAACAUCGCUGAGCGAUCACCUGUGGAUCUGAGCGGCAUUCCCUUACAGAGAUUCAAGCUAAAAUGCUACUACUGCAAACGGCGGAUGAAGAAAACGUUGGGCUGUUGUGUGCAGUGCUCUCAUGGUCGCUGCCCGACCUCAUAUCACCCGACCUGCGCACAGGCCGCCGGUGUCAUCAUGCACCCGGACGACUGGCCCUUCGUCGUCUACGUCACCUGUUGCCGCCACAAAGGGCCGGUACAAUCUGAGCGUAAUAAAGCAGCCAUGAGAGAGCUCAGCGUGGGUCAGAAGGUCAUCUGCAAGCACAAAAACGGACGUUACUACCAGUGUGAAGUCAUACAGCUGACAAAAGAGACAUUUUAUGAGGUCAACUUUGACGAUGGCUCCUUCAGCGAUAACCUUUUCCCAGAGGACAUUGUGAACCGAGACUGUGCUCAGCUGGGUCCGCCACCGCAGGGUGAAGUGGUUCAGGUCAGAUGGACAGACGGUCUUGUCUAUGGAGCCAAAUUCGUAGCAGCUCACGUCAUUCAGAUGUACCAGGUGGAGUUUGAGGAUGGAUCACAGCUGACUGCUAAGAGAGAUGACGUCUACACCCUAGAUGAAGAGCUGCCCAAGAGAGUUAAAUCUCGUCUGUCUAAGGCAUCAGACAUGCGUUUUGAUGGCAUGUUUGGAGAGAAGAAGGUCCAGGAGAGCAAGAGACAGAGAGUGAUCAACUCCAGGUACAGAGGCGACUAUAUCGAGCCCGUCAUCUACCGAGCCAUCAUGGAGUAGCCGGCGUUGACACGGCCUUCACCCGACACCACCAGCACUCAUCCAGCAACUCCAGCACACCCUGCCAAUGUCAGUAGCGUUCAGUUCGCAGGGGUCGGAGACCUGGAUGGGUUUGGCCACUCCUCGGUGGACUAUUACUAGCCCUCGCUCGGCCGUCUGUUCUGAUAUAUGGGUCUGGAGUGGAGGCAGGGUGUUUCACAGUGUCUUUCUCAGAGAAUGCAGCUUUACCCUGUUAACCUCGGUGCUGUGAAACUGUGCCACAAACGCCCUAGAAACACAUCAGCAUAAACAUCGAGUUCAUGGAGUCGUUCUAAAUCACAUUUGUUUGAUACAGAUUAUUUGUAAUCUCCAUUUCAUAAAAUAUCUACUUUUAUCAAAUCGCAUUAAUUUAUUGGACUUAAUCGAGGGUGCUGUUUCUACCCGUAUUUUACCGAACGGAGGUGCCAUCGCCAUUUUGCGGAUGCGGAUCUCCUUUUUUUAAGAUCUACACUGUCGUAAAUUGUGCAGUUGAGAUCCUGAAUAUUGUACAUUAUUUGGAACAUAAUGAAUUCAGCGUGUCUUUGAGUCAUUUUUUUUACAAGCCUAUUUAUUACUGGUGCUUUACAAAAGUCAAUUUUGCAAUAUGAGUUCCAUGAGUUCUGUUUUUGGAAAGAGGAUCGCGUUGAUAGCGAAAUGCCAAGGAUCUCACUUUCACAGCUGUUCAAGCCCUGCCUUGCACUCUGGUUCAAUACACUUUCAUUCAGACGUUUCUAUUAAUGUAGCUUCUUACUGCUGUCAACAUUUUAUCAGAAGCCCCACGGUUUUAAUAAGCUAUUUUUGCACUUCUCAGCUGUACUUUUAUGAAUUGUCAUCUUUGUCCUUGCAGUAGCCAAGCUCUAGAGACCGAAAUGCACUUCUGAAAGCUGAGGAGGCCGUCGUUUGGGCCGCCUAACCAACGGCGUUUGGAGAAAGUAUAAGGUUGUUGCAGUCCUUCAGUUGUUCGAUAGAUAGAUAGGGCUAAUCUUCACUAUUAAAAAAAAAAAAGAAAGAAAAUUAUAAAAGAUUUUUUCUAUCAAGAAGCCUAUUUUAUUGCUUUGUUUUAUAAUACAUGUUUAAUGUUCAUAUACUGUGAGAUAGAGUUGUAUGUAGUUAAUUUAAGAGAUCUUGAGCUUUCGGCACGUUUCUUCUGCCUCUUGCGUUGCUUUUAAACAUGAGCCUCGUUCUCACUGCACUUCUGAAUGCAGAGGCUCUAGGACUUCCAUACAUGUAUUUUGUAAAAAUCAUUAAUGUGCAUCAGUAAAAGAUGUGAGCUGA